AUGGUGGAUAAAGCUGCAUUUGAGAACUCUUUUGGUUUUGUGCUAGUGAAAUCAGAUAAGGAACGAUAUGUGGUGAAAUGUCAAGAUAAAAGGUGUGAGUGGAAAUUACGAGCUGCAAAGGUACUAAAUACACGGUUUUGUUUCUCAAUUAGAACGCACCACAAGAUGCAUACAUGCUCCCGGGCUAGUCAGAGUACAGUAAAGAAGAGGAAAGGCACUCCAGAUUUAGUUGCAUGUUUAUUGCAUGGAGAUUAUCCAGGAUCAAUGGAGACACCAAAUCCUGGAACUAUCCAGAAGCUUGUUCAGACCAGAUUUGGUGUGAAGAUAUCCUACUCCACGGCGUUGAGAGGGAAAAAUCGUCAUGCUUAUGAUCUGCGUGGUGAUCCAGGAGAGAGCUACAAGAAAUUGUAUUGUUAUUUGCAUAUGCUAGAGAAGGUGAACGAAGGGUUUCAAUGUAUGAGGAAGGUGAUAACUGUGGAUGCAACGCAUCUGAAGAAUGGGUAUCGUGGUGUGCUAGUCUUUGCUUCAGCUCAAGAUCCUAAUAGGCACAACUAUCCCCUGGCGUUUGGUGUACUUGAUAGUGAGAACAAUGAUAGCUGGAAUUGGUUUUUCGAGUUGCUGAAAUCUGUUAUACCAGACUCGUCCGAAUUGGUGUUUAUGACUGACAGAAAUGAGAGCCUCAUCAAUGCCGUAGCUUAUGUGUAUCCAAGGGCUCAUCAUGGGUAUUGUGUAUGGCAUUUGUCUCAAAAUGUGAAGGAUCAUGCCUUUAAUGUCAACAAAGGCGUGGUUUCAUUUUAUUUCAGGGAGAUGAGCAGGCAUUACACGGUGGCUGCGUUUGAGGCGGCUUACAGUUCAUUUGAAGCGAGAUUUCCUUCUGCAGCUGCGUAUCUAGUAAAGACUACGAACAAUAGGAAGGAAACUUGGGCAAGGGUUCAUUUUCCGGGAGUAAGGUACAACCUAGACACAAGCAACUGUGUGGAGUCUUUAAACAGUACUUUUAGGCCUGCAAGGAGAUACGCCUUGAUACCCAUGCUUGAUGCGAUUAUUGCACAAAUUUCUAAAUGGUUUAAUGAACAUCGGAAGGAGGCCGCUGCUGGAUCAGAAGCGCAUAAGUUGGUACCUCUGGUGGAAAACCUAAUGCACGAUAUGUGGAAGGAGGCUGAGAAAUUACAUGCGACGGAGUUAAACAGUUUCGAGCUUCUUUAUGAUGUAGUAGCUAAGAAAUCCGACGGCACCGCUGACCCAGAGAGUAAGAAUUACAGUGUGGACUUAAUCAGGAAAAGUUGCAGUUGCAGGGUGUUUGAUUUUGAGAAGAUUCCUUGUGUCCACGCACUAGCCGCUUUCAUGGAAUUCAACACCAGCAAUGUAGAUAGUUCUCGAUAUCCUAUGCAAUUGAUUGAGCUGGUCUCACAUUAUUACUUGAUCGAGGUGUGGCAAUUGGCGUAUUGGAGGACGAUUUUUCUCGUGCCUCAUGAAUCGGAAUGGAAGGUCCCUGAAGACGUGAAGGCAAAGAAAAUCAUACCGUUGCAACCUAUCCCGAAAAAGGGAAGAAAGAGAACGAAGAGACUUUUUGGUCCCGGAGAAUACCGGCGUCCAAGGACAGCAAACAAAAGGCGGAAAAGACAAGGAAUCGUGUGGGGGGACCUAGAGAAAGGUUCUCAGCCAAGUCCAGAUCCGGAAGUUGUGUAA